ACAGAGACCCAAGAUAAGUACAGGUCUUGACUUUUACUUUUUUUGGAUGACCUUUUUUUUCAAGGAACGACUUGCUCCUACGUACAUGAUAACAGCUGCGCUGCAUAUACAGUCAUGUAGAGCUGUUAGAGUCACUUUAAAAUUAUUCUCACAUCUAACGAUUGAUAUCACUGGAAGGAAAAAAACAAAGUGCCUGAAGAGAGGACUCUUCAGUUUUAUCGUAAAGUUACUAAGUAACCAAAGGUGGAAGGAAAAUAAACCAGCACUAAAUAUAACUUUUUUUUUUCAAUAAGGUAAAAGUAACAGAAUAUCAAAGUGCAGAACUAUUGACUGAACCUGCAUCUGAAAAGAUAAGGUGUAAUCUGCCCUCCUGGCAGGAGGUUUCUCUGAAUCUAUCUAUAUGAGAGCUUAUUGGAAUCUUGUGGGACGGCAGGGAGAUAAGAUAAUGGGUCAUUUGUCAGGAGCUUAAAAGGAUGUGGUGUGAGCUCCCGAGGUAGAGCAGUGUUUCUCCGACAGCUGCAAGUGUUGGUUGUUAAUCCAUCAGUCAGUUAUGGCCACAGACUUCUCCAAGAACGCAGAGGAGAGGCCGGAGCCUCAAAAGGCAGAAAUCAAAGGGAACAUUCCCAGUUGGUUGCAAGGCACGCUGCUGCGCAAUGGCCCUGGCAUCUUCACUGUGGGUGAGACCAGCUACCAGCACUGGUUUGACGGCAUGGCCAUAAUACACAGCUUCGCCUUCAAAGAUGGUGAAAUGACCCACAGGAGCCGAUUUCUCAGAAGUGACACUUACAAAGAAAAUAUGGCCGCAAACAGGAUUGUUGUGUCUGAAAUGGGAACUAUGGCUUAUCCAGACCCGAGCAAGAACUUCAUUUUUAAAGCCAUCACUUUCCUCCACCACACAGUGCCAGACUUCACCGACAAUGGUGCCAGUAAUAUCAUUAAGUACGGAAACGACUACUACGCCACCUCGGAAACUAACUACAUAUGCAAAAUUGACCCCGUGACCCUGGAGACCCAGGAUAAGGUGGACUACAUGAAGUACCUGCCCGUAAACUUGGCCACAUCCCAUCCUCAUUACGACCGGGAGGGCAACGCAUACAACAUUGGAACUUCAAUAGCAGAGAAGGGCAAAACCAAAUACACUUUGUUCAAAGUCCCAGCAGCUUCAGCAAAUGAUGAAGAUGGAAAGCCCACCCUCAAGAACGUCGAGGUGGUCUGCACCAUCCCCUGCCGCUCGCUGCUGAUGCCGAGCUACUACCACAGCUUUGGAAUGACGGACAACUACAUUAUUUUCGUCGAGCAGCCGUUUAAAUUGGACAUCCUCAGAAUGGCCACUGCAUACAUGAGGGGCGUCAGCUGGGCCAGCUGUCUGAAGUUCUGCCCCGAGGAAAAAACCAUCAUUCACUUGAUUGACAAAAAAACCCGAAAAGAAGUGGAGACAAAGUACCUAACGGGGACAAUGGUCGUCUACCAUCACGUGAAUGCGUACGAGGAGGAUGGUCACGUGGUCUUUGACAUAAUCGCCUACGAUAACACCAGCCUUUACGAAAUGUUCUACAUAAGCAGACUGAAGGAACACGGCAACACCUACGAUGAAAACUACUGCAAACCGACCUACAGGAGAUUCGUUCUGCCCACCUCCUCUGACAAGGGGGCGGCAGUCGGCGAGAAUUUGGUGAAACUCACGAACACAACAGCCACGGCAGUGAAGGAGAAAGAAGGCAAACUCUGGUGCCAGCAUGAAGUGCUGUGUGAAGGUUUUGAAUUACCCAGAAUCAACUAUGACUCUAAUGGCAAGAAAGUCAAGUAUGUCUAUGGGAACUGUGUGGUGCAGUCGGCGCUGGCAGACAAGAUUGGAAAGUUUGACACAGAAACUAAGAAGAUGAUUUACUGGAAGGAAGACAACUGCUGGCCGUCAGAGCCCAUCUUCGUCCCCCGACCAAACGGAGAGUCAGAGGACGACGGCGUGGUUUUGGCCGCGGUGAUUAACUCUAAUCCUGACCAGGCCGAUUUCCUCCUUGUUCUUGAGGGAAGAACCUUCACAGAAUUGGCUCGGGCAAACGUGAACGCCAAGCUCCAAAAAGACGUGCACGGAUAUUUCAUCCCACAAUGAAAGUGAGAGAGUAUGUGAGCAUACAUAUAAACUGUACAAAUAUACUGUAUGCCUAAAAUUUAAUGAGGAUCCAGUCUUGCCAGCACUAUAGACUGCACAUAUCAGGUCUGUUAAUUCAGUGUGGACCAAGUCUGUGUAUAUAACUUAUGUUAUUUUUUCUUUUUUGUACUGUUAUAACUUUAUUUGGUCUUUGAAAAAAAAUGAACCAACAGUCCCCAGGGCUGUCGUGAAAGGUUCAAAGUCCCAUUGUUUAUAUGAUAAAUAAAAGAGUUCGUCCUAAGGACGUGACACGAAGGUGUUUGUUUAUCUGAUGAUAAUUUAUGACGGAGCUUUAGAAUCACAGAAUCACAUCACAGUAGAAUGUCGCAUUAACACGGCACCUAGGCAGGAGAUUAAAUGCUAAAUAACUUCAGUUCGGCUUCGGUUGUAAAAGUAUAAAACAGUUUUAGAUGUAUUACAUCUAUUGUUGUGUACAAAGUCUUUGACCAUCAAAAAAUGCAUUAUUAAGAGUCGUUUGGCCAAGAACUUCUAGUAUCUAGCACAGAAUCUGCGAAAUGCACUGCACUCGUUUUUCAAUUAACUCAAGCCAAAAUCAAACUAAUAAUCUAUAUUCCGUUGGAGAAAACGAAGGGUAAUUUAGAAUUGCUGUACUUUCUAUGACCACAAGAGGGCGACAAAGAUCUCACUCACGCAGCCUGUAUUGUAGGGCACCACUUAUUAGGUUUAAAAAUAUUUCGAUUUUUUUUAAUCAACAUUUUUCUUUACAAUUGCUUAAAAUAACAAACUUCAACACCGAGAAAUUAUAGGCACUACACAACUACUGUACAUUACUGGCAGCAAAAAGGUUAAACUCGUUGAUGACAAUACAAAAAAUACAACAAACACGACUAUAACACACUGGUAAGCACAUCGUAAAAAUCCAGCAACCCCAUUUUAAAGUCUAGUCACUUCGUUUUCUUAAAUAAAUAAGCAUAUUUACAAAUUCUAAAUCGUAUUCCAACUCAAAAUUAAACCGAUGCUCAGUUGUAUCUAACAACAAAUACAGCAAACAUGUUAGGGUAAAACAUAUUCAGUGCAUACUGAAUUAUUUUAUCAAACAAAGGCAGUGUACCGUAGCUACCAUUACAGUGAUGGGAGGGUUGCUUCAAGUCUGUGUGGAAUCAGUUAACACAUAAACAAAAAUAAAAAAUGCUUAAAAUUACUUCAAGAAAUUGUAGUGAUUCCCCUGUACAUUUGAAACAGUAAUCAGUCAACACAACAGUAAUAAGUCAACAGUAAUCAGAGCCAAACCCACAGUAAAAGAUGGGCAAAUACACAAAGUACAGAUCCAUAAUCAUAAUUGGUAUUAUUAUAAAACACAUAAGUGUACUUCAGUGCAAUCAGUAUUGCAGUUUAUCUAAUCUCAUGGAGCAAAUAUGUAGGAUAAUCUGACGAAUUGACAAGACUGAUUGCCAGAUUUUGUUUACGCAGGAUGUGAUUUUUUUUUUAAUAUAACGUUAUUGAUAGAAAGCAUCAACUGAUGAAGAGCCUUUUGGGUGCACGGCUCUUUUCGUAAAACCUUUUUUUUUUGUGAAUUGUAAAUACGUUUUAAGACAAACUUUGGCAACUUUUUUUUUAUUUUACUACUAAUAUAUCCCAGUAGUGUGCUAAUAAAAAACUGACACAUCCAUCACUGGCUCUCACAGCAUCCCACCACAGAACACAACAGAACUGUUCCUUAAUUUAGUAACUAACUCUUUACUUUUCAUUCAGUCGUGUAUGUAAAUCAACAUGUUCCCAAAAACUUAGCAAUAGCAAUAUUCGUUGGUCGUAUGGCAUUUGUUCAUCAUGCAUCUGGUCCAAUCCCAGAUUAGGAAUCCUCAAGGAAAGGCACCAAGGAAAGGAGGCUUUUAAGGAAAUGGGAACACACAAGUGCAGAGUGGCCGGGGAUGUUGGCAGCAGAGAAUUCUACGGUGUUUUUGAAAUCAGAAAAUGCAGUGGGCCGCUCAAGGGCCUGGGACGCAGCCCAUAUGUGUCCACUGCUUCUCUCCAUUCCGUUGCCUUA